GACGUUUCAGUUGGCGUAAAUUCACCGGGGAGGAAGAAACCACGUGCGUAUCAGUCACCGGCGAGUCUUUGAAGAGGUGAAAUCUGACGACUGGAAAGUUAUACCUUUGGCAGACUGAAAACCGUUUAAAGACAAAAUGCCUGGAGACAUCAAUAAAGGGAAGAAGUCCUUUGUUCAGAAGUGCGCUCAGUGUCACACAGUCGAGAAUGGUGGGAAGCACAAGGUUGGCCCAAACCUGUGGGGUCUGUUUGGUCGCAAAACGGGCCAAGCAGAAGGUUACAGCUAUACAGACGCCAACAAAAGCAAAGGCAUUAUCUGGGAUGAGGACACCCUGAACGUCUAUUUGGAGAACCCCAAAAAGUACAUUCCCGGAACAAAGAUGAUCUUUGCUGGCAUCAAGAAGAAGAAUGAGCGCGCCGACCUUAUAGAAUAUCUUAAAUCUGUGACUUCUUAAAGAACUUUACCGUCAAGAUGAAUUCUCAUUUUCUUCUCAACAAUGGACAAUUUUAUCACAGCUGUGCCUCUGUUUUUCAUACUGUAUGAUCCACCUCCUUGGUGAAGUGAAUGAUAAUCUCUUGUUUUAUCAGGUUCCUUUUUUACAAUGCAGGUGUAACUUAUUAAACCACAUUGUGUAUUCACAUUAGAACCCGUGAAAGCUGUCGAUUGUGUUUAUUCUAGGUUUUUGGAAGGUUCAUUUGAACGGCAUAUAAGACUAACCAAGAUCUUACACGGGGAGUGUAAUGUCAGGGCAUUUUAAUUUUUUGCCAAGUAGUAGGCUAAUAGCAGUGGGGGUCAGGGAUGGCAUUCGUGCACAAAUUGUCCACCUUUUAAUUGUAAUCACUUUUCUCCCAUUGAAUGUGUACACGCUUAACUAUCGAGGUAUUGAAUUCUAUUAUAAGUAAAAAUGGCUUUUGCAG